AUGUCUCGUCAAAGCUACUCAUACGCCGCGCCGACGGCAACCAGGAAUAUCACCGCCCAUGGGACCAGCAGUGCUUUCAGCAGUUCAGCAAACCCAGAUGAAGAUUGGACGAAGAUUUCAGAUCUCGCUGAGCGUCGAAGAAUCCAAAAUCGCAUUGCUCAACGCAAUUACCGCAAGAAGCUAAAGAGACGUCUUGAAGACCUCGAGAGAAGGGCAGGAUCAUCUUCAGCAUCUCCGCCACAGCAGCACGCCGAACUUCACCACCCAGAACGUCACGAGCAGCAGUGGAGUAAGAGAAGCCCAGAUAUUCUUCACAGACAAACUUCUCCCAGACUUCUCCCAAGCCAGUAUACGCCGCCAAUGCACCACGAUGAUGAGUUGAUCUUUGGAAGCCAAUAUGAUCGAGAGGGUUCGCGGACACCACCACUCUUUGCCUACCAACACUCAUAUCCGGCUCCUGAGGACAUGUCAUAUCCUCCGUAUCCGCAAUCACAGCCAUACCGACCAGUAUCCACAGGCGCUGAAUAUGGUGGAUACAUGGAACCAGUCACUUUACCAUCAUUGAUGCAUUUCCAAGACUCGAUCAAGCGGGAAGACGAUACCAUGGCACCAUUCAACUUGAGCUAUCAAGGUCUCCCAGCAAUCGACAUUCAGAGUUCCCACAGCUACGAAGACUCAAAUCCUCAUGUUAACUCCUCCUCUCUCACACUCAUACGAUCACUCAGCAACCUGCUCCGAAAACGGCUACCAAUACCCAACCACGCCCCUCUCAAUGCCUCCGUCCCCUCGUCUCCUGACGCAGAUAUGACCGCUACGCCACGCACCCAGAAUAAGGGUACCACCACGCCGAAGGCAGCACACACCCGUACCCCGUCCCUCCACCGUGACGUUCACGUAAAGUGGAUACCAUCCCAUCCAGCCCAUCUCGCGCGAACAUUCUUUCGACCGAGAGACGGGCUUGACGACUCCCGACCUGCGCUGUCCUGCCCAGGUAGCCUCAGGGCUCAACAUGAAAUAAAGUGCAUAGAUGUGUGCGAAUCAUGCAGAUCGCACAUCUACUGGUAG